UGUAGGAAAAAUAAUCAAAUCACUUUUGAAAAAACAAAAGUUGCUUAGGCUGAAAACAAAAUUUGUUUGUUUGAGAAACGAAAAAAGACUGUCACUUGCCAAAGUUCAAUUCUACACUUAAUUUCUUAGUAAGUCAACGCAAUUGUCGAAAAUAUCAACAUUUCUAAACCUUAUUAUCCUCUAAUCUAACAUUUCAAAGUUUAGUUUAGUCACAGUUGUCUACCUUUUGCGCAUGUGCAUUGAAACCAGUUUCAAUUUUGUUGUGAAUAACCUAACUUCCAAAACCGGCAAGCAUCGUGAAUUCAAGUCGGCUGUGGACAAAGCCCGCCGUGGUUCCCGUAGGAAUCAUGUCGAGCAACGUUAUUGCAAAGCGUGAAAACGACGUAAAAGAUGACAAUCUCUUCAUCGCCUUCCUCGAAGAAUACGAACGACAGCCUGCCAUCGAUGUAGUUUAUUUGAAACGCGAACGAUUCGAACGUCUGCAUCGCAUCGUGGUUAAAUUACUCUUUCUGGGCAAUUUUAAAAAAUGUUGGCAUGUUACCGCGUUCAUGUACAAUAUGUUCGAUUCAGAUGAAUACAAAGAUGAGUAUAUUGAUGCAUCUCCUGAAGAUGUCAUCACAUAUUUUGAAAUUAUCUUGGCAUUAUGUGCAUUUAAAUCUCAGACAGAGUUGUUAAGAUGUGUAGAGUUUUGUCAAAGUGUUCUGGAAGACUAUGGACUUGUUUAUCCAAUGUUGUAUUCAAUUUUAGCAGGGUGUUACCUCAAAUUGAAAUGCAAAGAACAAGCUGCAGAAGUAAUUGUUUCUGGUUUAGAUUUUAUAAUUACUAAUUUUCAACUUAUUGAGAGCACAAAACAAAAGUUGCAACAGGAGCAGACGUUUUUACUGUUAGAAACUUUGGUGAGAAUUCCCCAAGACACAUAAUUUUUGCUUUGUAUGCUUAUGGCAAACUAAUCAAGUUAAACAUGGAGAAACAAGUGAGAAGUUUCUGUAAAGAGUAUUCUAUGGAGACUGAACACUAUGCUUUGAAUAUGCUUUUAAGUAUAACCAACUUUGAUGGUUGUUGUUUUGGAUCACAAGUCAAUGAGGCACUGAGAUAUCAACAACUCAUUUUAAGUAUUGAUUCAGAACCCAGUUUGAAGCAGUAUUUAUGUGAAUUGAGCCCUGAUUGUAAUGGAUGCUGCAGGCAGGAUCAUGUGCCUACACAUUGUACUCUUCAGCCAGUUGUAGUAAAUUACUCUGGAAUGAAUGGCAUGAUUUAUGUGAAUUCUUUCCAUGAAGUGCCUUUCGUUUUCCACCGGUUUUUGAUUUUGACAAACUGGAACCGCCGUUGUAUCAUGCGCAACCUGAUACAUCUUCUACAUAAAAUUAAUUUUAUGGUAUUUAGAGUGAGGAAACCCAAGAUAACUUUAAGAAUUGGAAAGCCCUAUGGUGUUCAUCACAUGAAUCCCUUGACACGUUGCGAGAAUAAAGUAGUAAAAAUGUUUCAACAAGUAUUAUCACCGCUGUUGAAGCAAUUCAGUAAGCAUGUACUUAUUGAAGGCGAAAUGGGCGCGUUGUAUUUACAAGUAUUAGAAGCUGAAACCGCUGCGAAUCGGCUUUAUGACAAAAUGGACGCGACAAAUAUGCAUCUAAUGGCGAUUCGGAACCAAUACGACAUGGAAAUUCACGGACGCAACUCAAAGCAUGCCGUCAGCUACAUUAAGAAACAAAUUGAUAUUCUAUGCAGAUGUGUGCGACAAUGGCGAUUGUUUGCGCAGCAAACCGUAGGCGAAGUGCAUUUUCAAUGUUUUCCCGAUGAUUACCACGAUGGAACACUUGCAUUAAAAGAAUGGGUCACUGCCACACAUCAGAAUUAUAUCCAACAUGCGCAGAAUCACGCAGUGGAAGAAAAUCAAAACUUUCGCAAAGAUAUUAACAGGCCAUGCGGUGGGCAUAUUUGUGAAUGUGAAUUGGACAGAAUACGUCAACACCAUUAUAAUAUGGGUAACGGUGAUGGUGUAUUAUGCUGUGGCAGAUAUUUAGCAAUACCUAUUGGGAAGAAUACCCGCGCUGUUAAGGAAACUCAAACAAAUUACAGCAAGUCUUCCUGCCGUACCAAACAAACCCAGACUGAUAAACAUAAUCCCGAAGAGCAGAACUUCCAGAAACAUAUUAAUAUGUUAGAAUCGGCGCUCACUAAAAAAGUAGCUGAACUUGAAGGGAAAAUUCUAGAACUUCAAGAAGCUAGAAAAGAUUUAGGUGACAAUCAGAACAAAACUCUCAAAGCGCUCAAGAGAGAAUUAAGUCAAGCAAAACGAACUAUUCUCGAGAAGAAUAAAGAUAUUCAGUAUCAAAAACACCAAAUUGAACAACUUCAAAACAAUUUAUCAAAAUUGAACAAAUCGUAUUCACACGUUGUUAAACCACCGGAUGAUUUAACAAAACCAGUCUGCAGUAAAUCAGUGAUUAAAGAGAACGAAAAAUUACAAGUUUUGAAUGCGAAUUUAUCCGCGGAGAACGCAAACUUGCAGCGACAACUCAACGAAAUGACUGAUGAAUUCGACAGGAUGAAAGCACGCCGUGAUGCUCUUAUUGACACCAAUGAAGAAGUACAAUUACUAUAUAAAGAAAAAUCCGAGCAAUAUGACGAGUUAUACGACAGAAUUUCUUGCCUCAAGAAUGAAUACAACGACAAAUUUAAGACUGAGCAAGACAAAGUCAUCGAUAUGCAGAAUGUGAUCAUAAAUGGAAUAGAAGAAUUCAUAAAUUUGCUAAUCGCUAAGAUAUCACAAUACAAAGUGCGUUGUGAACGUAUGCAUGAGGAACUCACGCAUUACUUUUACACCUGCAAUCCGAAUUUGAAUAUAAAACAAAUGUGCGAAGCGAAUCAAUUGUUUCUUACUUCGGUAGUGGCUAAACUCGAACGGAACGUAUCGUUGUUACUUUUGGCAAAAGAUUGUGUUACCAGAAGUGAAAAUCGAAGAGAUACCAGUAUGAUUCAGCAUAAAGUGAUUGCCAUCAACUGGAAGGAUUUGAUUGUUUACACGGAUGAGUUUUGCACGACGUUGUUCAAUCAGUAUUUGUUGACUGUCAAUGCGAUGAUGCCAGUACAUUCAGCGCUGAGUAACGCACUUUUGGAUAAUGCGCGUUUGAUAAGUCAGAGUUUAAUGGAUCAGGAUAAGAUAUACCGACCUCAGGAUACCAGAAGAGUUUAUAAUACUGCUAUAUCUAAAGUUCCACAACCAAACCUUGGUCCUGUCGGCUCCAAUCGUCCGCUGUCUUCGAUGUCUAAUUAUUCAAAGGUUUCCAGGGCACCGUCGCCUGAAAUUGAUGAUCCUUCCACGAAGAAUAUUUUAUCGCAGAUUGCGCACGCUGUGAAUUAUCCAACGAAUAUAACGUUGGGGAAUAAUCGUGGUGUUGAUAUGAAUGGAGGUGCUGUGAGAAGACCUGCGACAAAUCUAAGUUCGACUAGUUCCAGUCCUGUUUAUAAUGCUAGUACAAAUCCGGCGGUGUUUCGCCAGAGGAGUGUGGAAGCUCCAAGAGUGGAUCGGGCUAUGAAGGAGAAUUAUAACUGGAAUCAACAGUCGCAGUAUAUUCCGUCGAAUGUGUCUGUAUCGCCUAAUCCUGGAUCUUCUUCGGAAUCGACGGUUUUUAUGGGGAAAUAUCGCGAUAUUUAUCUGGCAGUGAAGAAACGAUUUCCUAACGCGUUGAUGAAUGAUUUGAUCAAUGCGUUGAAUUUCUUGAAAGCGAUGAAUGUUAAUUUGCAUAAGAUAUCCAUGGAGACUAUCUUUGAUAAUGUUGGGAAUUAUAUCGAGCAUCAGAUGCAAUUGCGUCUGCAAAACUGUGAAGCUGCCGAAGAAAUACCUCCCAGAGCAGUUGCGACUGAUGAAUUUUGUUCGAUUUGUUUUGAAAAGAUGAACUCGAUGCCAAGUGUAACGUUGAAGUGUUCUCACAUUUUCCAUGAAAAGUGUGUGUCUUUGUGGCUGCGCCAAAACACGGCCUGUCCCAUUUGCCGCAAGUUUACUAUCAUGGAAUGAUCUGUUUUUUUUUUAAUUGACUCAUAGGUUUAGUUGUGAAUCUCUCACGCGCCAUACUCAUAUAUAGUUCAGUAUUAAUAUUAUAAUUGUGACAUUUUUGUCAUGUUACCAAAGUUCUAAUCUUUAUUUUAUGGUUGUCGCAAUUAUUCUGCUUCAAGUUGCGAGUUUUGUUUUUGUGUUUGGUUGUUUAAGUCAGAAUUGGUGAUUUUUCUUUUAUUAGUCGUUGGUUUUGAGCCAUUGAAAGAAUAUGUUUUAAGUUUAUGUUGAGUGUAUGCAGGAAUCUUACACUUUUGGAUAUUUAGGAUGGAAGAAUUCCUAUUUAUUAUGUUAUAUUUUUAAAGUUACAAGUUUAUAUUAUGGUAAAUGUACCGUUAUUUUUAUAAAUAAAGACUAUAUGGAAA